ACAGUACUGAUCCAUCGAGGGUCCCACCGUUUUUCCUCUCAAGACGCUGACGUCAACAGUUUCGUUUCGUGUGGGGUUUAAAAAGCUCUCUUAAAAUAAACAACAAUGGUGGUGACACGUUUCUCACGGCUCCAGCAUCUUCUCCUCCUUCAACCUAGAUUUCAGCAAUCUCGUGUUCUCCGUCGUCCUCUAAUCAGAACUCCAACACUCAUCAGAUCAGUGAUGGGUUCGUCUUCCUCUUCCUCCUCGAAGCUUCUCUUCCGUCAGCUCUUCGAGAAAGAGUCUUCGACUUAUACGUAUCUUCUCGCCGACAUUUCCCAUCCGGACAAACCUGCUCUGUUGAUUGAUCCUGUGGACAAAACUGUCGAUAGAGAUUUGAAGCUGAUCAAUGAGUUAGGAUUGAAGCUUGUCUAUGCUAUGAACACUCAUGUUCAUGCCGAUCAUGUCACUGGGACUGGUCUUCUUAAGACAAAGGUCCCAGGUGUGAAGUCCGUAAUCUCAAAAGCAAGUGGUUCUAAAGCGGAUAAGUUUGUUGAACAUGGAGAGAGAGUAUCUAUUGGUGAUUUAUACCUCGAGGUCCGUGCUACACCUGGACAUACAGCAGGAUGUGUUACAUAUGUGACUGGAGAAGGAGCUGAUCAGCCGCAACCAAGAAUGGCUUUUACGGGCGAUGCUGUACUGAUCCGCGGUUGUGGGAGAACCGACUUUCAGGUACACUACUAAACAGAGGAAAAUGGAUUAUAUUUAUAAAGAACCAAGA